AUGUUCCUCCACUUCUACCAGUCAGCCUCAGUCAAACGUCUGUGUUUACGUCUUCCUCCUCCAGUCCAGCAGAGCUCGCUGUUCGCUGUCGUCGCUUCGCUCUCCUCUGAGCGAACUGUCGUCGACGCGGAACUCGGUGUCUCUGUUUACCUCCCCGCUGCCUCUCUUUGUUCGCUGGAAGCUCAAGUUGCGCAGAAAAGGGGUAAAAUGUGCGCUGUGCAGCUGCUGCGGGUGUCGGUCCAUGAGCGGAUGAGCGCUGCCGCUGAAGACUUUCUCCUACAGGUGGAGAAAAGAGAAGAACCGGCUGAAGUCCCGGCGCUGAGAGCGCUGCUCACCGAGCGGCUAACGGCGGCGGCGGAGGAGAUCGUCGGUCUGUUUGAGGAAACCGUGGCGGAGUACGAAGACAGAGUGGAGCGGUCGGAGCGAGAGAUCUGCCGCCAGAGGAGGCUGCUCGAUGCUGUGCUGAAGCCCGAAGUCAAACUGCACAGAGCAGAGCUGUUGCAGUCAGUGAACCAGGGCCAGACAAACCUCCAGCCUCCAGACUCUGCAGACCUGAACCAGACUGAAUCUGAACACGUCGACAGCGAGGUUUCCUGCCCGCCGACGCCUCGCUCCCCCUCCCCCACGUACAGACUGCCCGUCUCACCAAGCAGCUCGGUUGUUCACAGUGACGGAGAUCCAGACAGUGACUGGACUGAAAAAAAUCGGACUCUCAGAUCCCCGAGGAAAAAGAAAAGAGGACGGCCACCACUCGCUGUCAGAAACAAACGGAAACGGUCAACUCCAGCUCAGAGUUUCAUCUGUCAUGUUUGUGGACGGGCUCUGCACGGGAAAGGCUUCCUGCUCAAACACGUCCUGCAGGUCUGUGCCAAAGACCCAGACUGCCGCUGCGGCAUCUGUGGUGAGUGUUUAGACUCAGUUGAUGACCUGACAGCUCACCUACAAACACACCAAGAGAAGAGUAAAACCUGUUCCUUCUGCGGGAAGAUCUUCCAGUCCAUCCUGGCACAGGAGCUGCAUGUCCGCCUGCACACCGGAGAGAAACCAUACAGCUGCGACGUCUGCGGCAAGAAGUUCAGCCAAAAGGGAAACCUAACGUCACACAUGCGCAUCCAUACCACAGAGAAACCCUUCCAAUGUAAACAGUGCAGUCGGGCCUUCUGUCACAUGACGUCUUUAGAGCGACACAUGCAGGAGCACAGCAGUGAGGUGGUGCACACCUGCAACGUCUGUGACCAGGAGUUCAGGAAACAACACAGCCUGAGACGACACAUGACAACUCAUCAUAAGGAUGCCACCCACAAACCAAAGAGAUACCGCACCUCGGUGCCGUCCUACAUCUGCAAAGUGUGCGGGGACACCUUCCACAGGAAGACCUUCUUGGUGAAACAUGUGGAGACUCACCUACAGGACCCGGACUGUUGCUGUGGACUCUGCGGACAUCAGAAUGAGUCCGCCGCCAGCCUGGCCGCUCACCUGCGCUCCCACCGUGAGGCUAGCAACACAUGCGAUAUCUGUGGGAAGUGCUUCCCAGCUCACGCAGCGCUGCAGAUGCACAUGAGGAUCCACACCGGUGAGAAACCAUACACCUGCCGCUUCUGCAGCAAAGCCUUCAACCAGAGUGGGAACCUGAAGACGCACCUGAAGAUACACACCGGUGAGCGGGCAUUCUCCUGCAGCAUCUGUGGGAAGGGCUUCACCCAGAAACAGACUCUGGACACUCAUGUCCGCUUCCACAACAAGGAGAGACGCUUCCUGUGUCAGGUCUGCGGGAAAGGCUUCAUGCAGGACGUGGACUUGAAGAGACACUUGCUGAUCCACACUGGAGAGAAACCGUACAGCUGCAGGGUCUGCGGGAAGAGCUUCCAGGCUAAAAGAUCACUCAAUGGACACCUCAAAGUUCACACGGCAGGGGGGGGUGAGACCGGACCAGAGCCAGAUCAGGACUCAGAGCAGCAGAGGAUGGACAGUUUCUACUCAGGUUUCCUCCAGCUGUAGAGGACCGGCGUUAGAGAGUGUUGACUCGAAGAGCUGGACUCAAACCAACAGUGUUGAACUUUAUUCAUCACUUCCAAACUGCUUCACACAGAACUUCUCCAUCAAUAACAUUCUGGUCUGGUUCUGGUCCCAGUUCGUUCAAGAGAUCAAACCACAGUACUGUUUUGGUACAGACUGAAAUGUGAAGCACAGCGCUUUAGUCCUCAGUCCUUUCACUCCUUAGUGGAUUAUCUUAUUUUCUCCAGCUUGAUGCAGUUCAACACCUCCCAUCUUCAAAUUUAGAGAUUAAAACAUGCGUCCAUAGCAGGGUAGUGAAGACAUGUUGUCAUAGGGAACAACUAAGUCACUAUAAGGAGUAAUUACAGUCACCAGCUUUUUGCAGUGUUAUAAAUAUUUUGUCCAAUACUCGGAUAAGUGGGGACAGGUCCAGAGCAUGUGUAAAAGAUCAGCAGGUGAGUCCCUUCAUCUGUUAGGAACAGCCUUAUGGUAAGGGAACAUUUUUGUUAAUGUGGCAUUCGUGUAAUGGACUCUGGACUAGUCUGUGUCAGGCACUGAUAGGGGAUGAGUGGUCGUCCUUCCCACAUGUUCUGAGUUGCAGAUGACGAAAAUGGGAAGCAGAGUUCUGAAAGAACAGCGACCCAGGUCUCAUUUGCCUGGUGAUCAGGUCUCAGACCACCUUAGAGCUCUGUAAACCAACACCAGGAUUUUAAAGGCAGCUGUUGGUUUUUAUCUCUCAUAGUAAGAUAUUUUGGUUCGGUAUCAGGACUGAUAUCAGGAUAUUGACACAGGAUUGUGAUACCAAAAUUAAAACAUGAAUAUGUUCUUUCUUCUGUCAAAGACAUGAAACCAGAUUUAAUAAAUGUUUUUUAACAAUAAUUUCAGUGUGAAGCUGGAGAAAGGACGAUUUAACUGUCUGAUAAGAUGAGUGUGAAGCUCUGAGUCUGAGCACAUUUCAGUCUGGGUCCAAAAGGUCUCUGUUUUUUCAGCUUCCAUCAAUAGAAUAAAAACUGGAUCAAACGUCAGUCAUUGUCUUCAAAAUAAAUAAAGAGUUUCUGGUUCUGA